AUGGUUAUCGAAUUCCUUGGCCAUCUAGACAUCGUCCCGUAUCCGCCACCACUUUACUAUAAACCCUGGAAGUCCCUGUCACCUAUGGAGCGUCAAAUCAUUGUCCUCGAUGACGAUGGCAUAGUACAGAGCUCGGUAAGGACCAGAUCACUGCCUUUGGUCAAACGCGAGACACGGAUACAACAAGGAGCAAUAAAGCAGGAAGUAAUAGACCUAGGUGGCGGAGAGCAAGCUCUAGAUCUUUCUCGUAUGAUAAUGAAGCGAGAUUUAAAGGAAGAACCAAUCGAGCUUGACGAUUUUCCAUUCGCCUCCACAAUUCGAAGACCUUCAGCUAAGAAACCUAGGAUUCAGCAAGAAACUAUUAACGUCGAUGCAAUCGAGCACAGUAAGAUCAAACAAGUCAUAGAUGUUGAUGCGAUUGCUGACAACACCAUUGUUCUGGAGAAGGAGUCUACGAUCAAAUAUGAUCUAACAGAGAUCGAUGAUGAUGUUAUAUUCACAUCGCCGUUUCCAAUUCCAGCCGUCAAGGACGAGGAUUUCAAUGACAUAAAUAUGAUGAAAGAAGUUCUACCGUUUGUUGAGGCAGACAGGGAGGAAUUUGAAUUUUACACUUGA